GUUCGGGGAUCGGGGCGGGGAGCCCAGUGAGGCCGCCGCGCCGAGGGCUGCGGACAAACAUCUUGGAAAAUGUAUACAAGUCAUGAAGACGUUGGGUAUGAUUUUGAAGAUGACCCCAAAGAUAAGAAGACACUUAAACCCCACCCAAACAUUGAUGGCGGAUGGGCUUGGAUGAUGGUCCUUUCCUCUUUCUUUGUGCACAUCCUCAUCAUGGGCUCCCAGAUGGCCCUGGGAGUCCUCAACGUGGAGUGGCUUGAAGAAUUCCAUCAGAGCCGUGGCCUGACGGCAUGGGUCAGCUCCCUCAGCAUGGGUGUCACCUUGAUUGUGGGACCUUUCAUUGGCUUGUUCAUUAACACCUGUGGGUGCCGCCAGACCGCGAUCAUCGGAGGGCUGCUGAACUCGCUGGGCUGGGUGUUGAGUGCCUACGCCGGAAACGUGCAUUAUCUCUUCAUUACCUUCGGAGUGGCAGCCGGCUUUGGCAGCGGGAUGGCCUACUUGCCGGCCGUGGUCAUGGUGGGCAGGUACUUCCAGAAGAGGCGCGCGCUCGCCCAGGGCCUCAGCACCACCGGGACCGGGUUUGGCACAUUCCUCAUGACGGUUUUGCUCAAGUACCUGUGCGCAGAGUACGGAUGGCGGAAUGCCAUGUUCAUCCAAGGCGCGGUGUCCCUGAACCUGUGUGUUUGCGGGGCGCUCAUGAGGCCCCUCUCUCCUGGGACGGAUGGAGACGACCCAGAAGGGAAAGAGCCACACGUCCUCCCGGCUCACCCCACCGAAUCUGUUCGGUCCAGUGGACAGCUGGGCGGAGCGGAAGAGAAGGGGGGCGGCCCCGGCACCGAGGACUCCCUCGGGGACAUGCCAGCCCAGGCGUGCCACGAGAAGGCUGCACACAGAAAGGACGUGUGCGCCUUUCGGGUUCUGAAGACCGUGAGCCGGCUGACCGUGAGGGUCAGGAAGGGCUUCCGGGAUUGGUACUUGGGCUAUUUUGGGACAGCCUCGCUCUUUACUAAUCGGAUGUUUGUUGCCUUUAUUUUCUGGGCUCUGUUUGCAUACAGCAGCUUUGUCAUCCCUUUCAUUCACCUCCCAGAAAUAGUCAAUUUGUAUAAUUUAUCAGAGCAAAACGAUGUUUUCCCUCUGACUUCGAUCAUAGCGAUAGUUCAUAUCUUCGGAAAAGUGAUCCUCGGCGUUGUGGCCGACUUACCUUGCAUCAGCGUUUGGAAUGUCUUCCUGAUGACCAACUUCACCCUAGUCCUCAGCAUUUUUAUUCUGCCCUUGAUGCACACGUACGCUGGCCUGGCAGUCAUCUGUGCACUGAUAGGGUUUUCCAGCGGUUAUUUCUCCCUGAUGCCGGUGGUGACUGAAGACUUGGUGGGGAUUGAGCACUUAGCCAACGCGUACGGCAUCAUCAUCUGUGCUAACGGCAUCUCUGCGUUGCUGGGACCACCUUUUGCAGGGUGGAUCUACGACAUCACACAAAAAUAUGAUUUUUCCUUCUAUAUAUGUGGUUUACUCUACAUGGUAGGAAUACUCUUUUUACUCAUUCAACCGUGUAUUCAAAUUAUAGAACAAUCCAGAAAAAAAUACAUGGAUGGUGCAAAUGUGUAG